UAUUUUUAUCUUCGUCUCAUAGUCCUUCAAGACGGCAUAAAAGACCAUUUCAAAUCUGUGAAUGUCAGGAUCGUGCCCUGUCCUGAUCUCAAAGCGUCUCCUUUCCGACUUUUGUGUUCAGGUCUCUCUGGCCAAAAUAUUGUGUGUGAUGUUGGUGGUAUGAGUUAUCUCCUUCCUGUUCCUGACAAAACCAAGAUGGCUGCUAAUGUUCGAUUUGAGGACUCGAAAAUUUCCUCAAAUUCUACUCUCCAUGGGGUUUAUGAUGAGUCUACGCGCUCACCCCAAGUGCUCGCAGCCACGGAUAAUAACUUUGCUCUCUUGGCACACCUACUGGCUACCGAGGGUCUACCGGGAGACGUCAUUGAAGUGGAUGCUUCGGGUCGUCUAAAGGAGGGUGCUCCCUACGUAUUUUUGCGCGAGGCCCUCACGUCGGCUUAUGGCAAGUUGGACAAACCGGUGGCUUUGGGUGGCGUCUUCAUGCUCACUGGCAGUAAGGGCCGCUUCCACGUCUUGUUCAUUGAGGCCGCUGUUCCACUCUUGCAGCCCGACUUCCCCGACCAUCCGGUUGAUUCGCCAUCGAGGGUUGCGGAGUUCCUCAAAUUCUUCGAAAUGGAGCCCCCCGUUAUGGGCAUGGGGACCCUCGUUUCCCACGACCCGUUUGGAAUUGAUCUCAAGUUGGACCACUUCCAUUGUUACAACGAAAAGCGGGACCUUGCCGGACACUUUUACUGGGAUACCGAACCGCAGACCGCACACUAUAAGUUCUACCUGACAGUCGCCAAGAGCCUCCUCCGAAUCGACCCCAAGCCGAAGUGA